AUGUAUCGGCCAUAUCAGCCGGAUCACGCGAAUGCAGAGUCGGGACCAUCUCGACUAGACGCCGGCUCGGCCGACCGACCAACGUCCUCGGACCCCCAGCCCAAGCUCAAGAAGCGCCGACGGCUCCAAUUCACCUCGCAAAUCCGCAAUACCGUCCAGCGCUACAAUCCAGACGGCACCGAGACCGUCGAGUAUCUCCACCAGCAGUCCACUCAACGACUCAAGCGCAAAUGGGACAGCAUUUUUGAUCGCUUCAAGGAUGCGCAUCUGCAAGAGCAGGAUGAGAUUUAUCUCGGCAAUCGUGCCAAUGGCGAGCCGAUCGUGGUGGUCAAGGACAGAGGCAGUCUGAGGAGCUUGCGGCAGGACAUGGAGUUUGGCGUCUUUAUCAAGGAUGAGGAGCUACAAGGCUGGAAAGAACGGCCCGAAGCGAGGGAGAUGCAAGAUGACGAAGAUGAGUAUGAAGAGGACUUCGAUCCUUCGCAUAUGCCUUUGCAUCAGAGACAGCUCGCGGGUGCCUCCAGUAGCGAGUCUGAGGACGAGGAGGAAGACCCGGCGGCAAACGAUCCUGAUCUGCGCGAGUUCUUGCAAGCAGAGGCGCAGAGGAAGGCCAUGCUCGGGCAAGGUGGCACUGGAGAUCAGGGAGCGGAAGAGGAGGACGAAGAGAUCAUCGACUUUGGUGAUCCGGCAUGGGCCGAUACUGAGACUUCAAGGAACGUCUUCAUACCUUCGACGCAGACAGCUACAAAGGUGGCUCGCACAUCAAAGCCGACAUCAGCUCCAUCCCGUCUGUCUAUGCCACAACCCGAGCUGGCACAAUCGUCUUCCGAGGACGACGACGACACCGACGUGGUCACCGUCCACAGCGACUCGGACGAAGAGCUCAUCGAGUCGAUCCGAACAAAGCGCCAAAACAUCGAAGAGCUACUUCAGUGCACCACGCCGUUCGAGACGUUACCAUACAACGACAUCUUUGGUCUCGCUGACCUGCUCAAGAUCUCCGACAAUACAUCGCGUCUCUACGUCGACCUCGUGUCUGAUGACGAAGACGAACUCAUUCCUAUGGCACCGCAGACCAAGGACGAGAAGCCUGCAGUGAAAGCAAUCGCCGGUGAAGAGGUCAUCGACAUAGCAAGCUCCUUGCCAAACACGGUCAUCGAUCUCGUCAGCUCCCUGCCGAACUCUUCGAGCGUCGUCGAGAUCAUGUCAUCUCCCGUGCCGAGUCCUGCGGUGUCGAGAGCGUCGUCGCUGGAGCCCGCUGCACCAGGCUCGGAACGGUCCAUGACGCCUGACGAGGACUCGUCCGGCAUCGCACUCGUCGGGCCGCUCGGCCAGACUCCGAACGGGGCGGUCGCGAUGCUGCCGCCAUCCAGCAACCACUCUCUGCAGAGUACACAGCCAAGUCAGCCGGAGCCUGCAGUGGCAGUCAAACUAUCGCCGUUGCCAGUGGCAGUAACACGAUCGUCAUCGCCGCCGAUUGCUGCAGUAGCAUUGCCGACUCAGGCACCUGCGGUAGAAGAUGUGGGAUUACCGGAGCUAGCACCACCAGCAAUGACGCCACCAGCAGCAACACCACCAGCAGCAACGCCGGUCGUAGCAGCGCCAGUAGCAGCAGCGACAGCAGCGAUGGAAGAAGAAGAGGAGGAGCUUGAAGAACAAGAAGCACCGGUGCUGGUUCCGGCGGUGAGGACACCGUCGCCACCUCAGCCAUCGGUGAUAGCAUCGCCUGCAUCUCGUCAAUCCUCACUCACACCUGCUGCUCCCCCCCAGCCGCGUCAAGAGUCUCAGCCUCGACCAGCGACACCACCUCGCGCGCCCUCGCCAGAGCUACACAAGCCAUUGUCAGUAGCAAGACCAUCAGCCGCGACUGUGGCCUCGUCAUCGACAUCCGUCCCAACCUCGGUCUCCGCUCCAUCUCUCUCCUCACGGCCCGAUCGCGAAUCUCCGCACCGUAGACACUCGCACAAAUCCAGCGAGAGUCGACGCAGCUCCCACUCCAAGCGUCACAGUCUUGGCGCGGACGACGUGAGCACAAAGGCGAAGAAGAAGAAGCGCUCCAAAUGCGGCGGCCCGGACAAGUGCAAGAAGACCUUCUGUUUGAAUUGCGCGAGUCUGUCUCGUUGA